CUUUUGUUAUCAAUUUAUUAACUAAAAGUUAUUACUAUUUUAUUAUUAACCAUUUGAUCCAAUGGUGAGUCGGGCCUUAUCUUUAGCCAACCAUACUCUGUCUUCUGACAAGUUGUCGGGUGUUCCGCGACUUAUAGAAGAUUUGCAUAAAUUAUCCGAAGACAGGGAAACAACAGACUUAUUGUUUUUAGUGGCGAGAGAAGAGACACCUCUUUAUGGACACAAAAUCUUAUUCAGAGCCCGUUGUCUCAGUUUUCAAAACCUCAAGAGGGCGGAGGUCUGCAAAGUUCCCGGAACUACUGUAUCGCCGGCACCUCCGGGAACACCUAAUCUCAUAUCAAACUCGAGUAUCAUUCGUUGGCCGCAAGCAAAUGCUGAUGUGGUUAGAGAAGUAUUCCUCUAUGUCUAUACAGGAAAGAUUGCAUUACAACAUUGCAAUGUAUGCGAGACAUUGGCCAUCGCUGGUGAAUUAGGUCUUGAAGAACUAAUUGAUUCUUCUCAAGAGUACAUUCAAAGCUCAAUUUCAGUGCACAACGCCUGCUCUUUCUUAUCGUCGGCCAUCAAACUGGAGACCAGAUUACCCGAGAAAAGUGAUUUAAUUAAAUUCUGUACCUCUUUUGUCGGUGAAAAUGCCAUCGAAUGUGUCAAAACGCCAACAUUUCUUAAUUUAUCGAAAGAGGCAUUAAUUCAUUUGGUUUCAUCAGAUUAUUUAGCUUUAGAAGAGGCGGAUGUAUUUAGAGCAACACUCAAUUGGGCCAAACAUAAAGCCGGUGUUUUACAGCCAACCCAUCACUGGACUGAGGAAGAGAGGGCUCGUAUAUGUCAGCAAUUGUCUGGAGUUAUAAAUCAUAUCAGAAUUCUUCUAAUCGAUAGCCAAGUGUUUGCUGAAGAAGUAGAGCCGACGGGUGCGGUUCCCAUAGAGCUAUCACUUGAAAGAUAUCGAUUCGCAGCCCUACCCAACAAAUUUCAGAACUCGGAGGACAAGAGAGUACAGCCAAGAAUAUCUUUGAGACUGUUUCAGGGCUCACAACUCUUAAGUGGUGACAAAAGUCAGUUUCAAUCCAUACUCAAUCACUGGUACGGCUGUCCAAAACAAACGUGGAAACUAAUAUAUCGGGCCUCAACUCAUGGUUACUCAGCCGAUGCAUUCCAUCAGUACUGUGAUGGCCAGUCACCAACAUUUGUAUUAAUAUUGGGUUCGAGCGGUCACUUAUGCGGCGGUUUUAGUGAUGUUCCGUGGGCUAAGACAUGUGUCACUCGAGGACGAUAUAUGGCCUCAGAUAAGGCUUUUCUCUUUACUUUACUCAACAGUUCAGACAUUCCGCCGACAAAGUUCUCAAUCGUCAAGAAGAUGUUCGCCAUCGCUCACCACUCAGAUUACGGGCCAGUGUUCGGUGCGGGCGCUGACCUGUCAAUUGCCAACAAUUGCAAUACCAAUUGCGAGUCCUAUUCAAACCUUCCGCACACCUAUGAGGGCGACAACGCUUCCAAUACUGUGCUUAUGGGUCACUAUAACUUCACGGCCAUCGACUACGAAGUCUUCACGACUAUCACCUGAUAAAUACAUUCAUAGAUUUGUCAAACAAUUAUCAGAUGUAUCGGUGCUAUCGGUGCUAAUAAAUGCAAUACAAAUGUUAAUCCGUUUUUCACUUAAUAAAUGUUUCUUUGACUUUGACUUUGUGUUUGUGUUGACAUUCAUUCACUUAUUGAUGGGUCAGUUGUUUGACUCAAUUGACAUAUGAUUGCCAUAUGAUUGACAUAUGAUUGACAUAUGAUUGCCAUAUGAUUGACAUAUGAUUGACAUAUACUGU